AUGGCAGAAGAUUCAGAGUUAUGGGACAUCAUAUGUGAUGGUCCACAUGUUCCCAUGAAAAAGAUUGAAGAGACAGAGAAACUGGUGCCUAAAGAAAGAAGAGAGUACAAUGACAUUGACAGAAAAGCUAUAGAAAAGAACUACCGUGCCAAGAAGAUCUUGAUGUGUGGCAUAGAACCUGAUGAGUACAACAGAAGAAAGAAGGACGAUGAACGAAGAGAGCCUAAGAAAGAGAAGAACCUGGUGCUUAAAGCUGAAAGGAGUGAUUCAAGUGAUAAAGAUAGUGACAUGGCCUAUCUCACUAAGAGAUUCCAAAAAAUGGUUCGAAGAAACGGUGGUAUACCAAAGUGGGGCAGUUCAAGCAAAACAAGGAACAACGAUCUCUGUCACGGAUGUGGAAAGCCAGGGCAUUUCGUCAAAGACUGUCCACUCGCGAAACAUGAGCAAUACAAGCACAAUCCUGGCUUGUCUCAUUCCCUUUUAAGUGCUGCAUGA